AAAAUGGAACAACAAAGAUUUUUCCACAAUCACUUGUAAUCAAAAUCUAAAACACAAGAUACAGAAUUUAUCAUAUUUUUACACAGUUGGCAACAACUUCAAUCCAACAUGCUUGCCUCUAAAUUUUCUACAACCUCGUUUGUACUUCUAUGUCUGUUUUGCAUGCUCUUUCAUGCAAGUGAAUCAGCAGCACCCAUUUACAGUGCCCACUUCUGCAGCAACGGAACCUUUUACCAACCCAACACAACAUUUCAGUCCAACUUGAAUACCCUUCUCUCUUCUCUCACCUCCAACUCCUCCCUUCUCUCCAACAACGGUUUCUACAGAACCUCCGUGAGCCAAGACACCCCCGACGACAUCGACGGCCUUUUCCUCUGCCGUGGCGACAUCAACGCCACCGUCUGCCACGGCUGCGUCGCCGCCGCAGCCACCAACAUAACGCGCCUCUGUCCCGACGCCACGGAGUCCUUCAUCUGGUACGACGUUUGCAUGCUAAGUUACUCCAACAGCACCUUUGACAAUGAUAACAUGGUUCCCUCAUUUUCCUUGAAAGAUGGAGAAAGCAUCAUUGACUCGAACCUUGACCGUUUCAAUCAAUUGUUGGCGAGCUUGCUAAGCAGUUUGGCAGAAGAAGCCGGGGCGAGUUCGGCGCCGGAGAAGAAGUUUGCCGCGGGUGAGGUGAGUGUGUCGAGCACACAGACGCUGUACGGAAUGGCACAGUGCGUGCCUGACUUAACAAGCGCUACCUGUGUCAGGUGCUUAGAAAGCGCUAUUGCAAAUAUUCCCACGUGUUGUGAUGGAAGUGAAGGAGCAAAGUUUCUGCUUCCGGUAUGUAAUAUCAGAUACCAACUCGAUCCCUUUUUGUACAAUACAACUUCCAUCACGCCACUUCUUCCUUCCCCUUCUUCAGGUAGCAAAUAUACUUUGAUGGUGGUGGCAAUUGUUAUCCCAAUUGCUAUUUUGGCCGUGCUUUUGGUUAUAGGAUGUUGUUGGUGGAGAAGAAGGCCAAACAAAAACCAUGUGGCUGUCCUGGAAGUGAAUGAUAGCAUGAGAAAGUAUUUGACAAGUGACGAAGAGUCUUUGCAUUUUGACUUGACUACAAUUGAAGCUGCUACAGAUAGGUUCUCAAAUGAGAUGAAGAUUGGAGAAGGUGGAUUUGGCAUGGUUUAUAAGGGUACCUUUCCUAAUGGACAAGAAAUAGCUGUGAAGAGACUAUCGAGAACCUCGCUCCAAGGUGACAGAGAAUUCAGGAACGAAGCUUCACUUGUUGCACAGCUUCAACACAGAAAUUUAGUUAGACUGUUAGGAUUUUGCUUGGAGGGAACGGAGAGGAUUCUAGUUUAUGAAUAUAUCCCAAAUUCUAGCCUCGAUCACUUUCUGUUUGGUCAUGAAGACCAUGCAGAGUUAGAUUGGGCAAGACGAUACAACAUUAUAAUUGGGAUUGUUAGAGGAAUUCAAUAUCUCCAUCAAGAUUCUAGAUUAAGAAUAAUACAUCGUGAUCUCAAGGCUAGUAAUAUUCUAUUAGAUGCUGAUAUGAAUCCAAAAAUUUCAGAUUUUGGAAUGGCAAAAAUUUUUCAUGAAGAUCAAACUCAAGAAAACACAAGAACAAGAAGGAUAGUUGGAACAUACGGUUAUAUGUCUCCUGAAUAUGCAAUGCAUGGAAAAUUCUCGGUAAAAUCUGAUGUAUUUAGCUUUGGAGUCUUGGUUUUGGAGAUCCUUAGUGGCAAGAAGAACACAAGUUAUCAUGAAUCACAUCAAGCCGAUGACCUUUUGAGCUUUGCUUGGAUGAACUGGACAAAUGAAACACCUUGGCUGAUAUUGGACCCAAAAUUGAGAGGUUGUUAUUCUAGAAUUGAAGUUGGGAGAUGUGUCCAUAUUGCUUUAUUAUGCGUUCAAGAAAAUCCAGUUGAUAGACCCUCAAUGGAAAAUAUAAUGCUUGCGUUGAACAGUUAUUCAGUAACUUUAGCAUUACCUCGACAGCCAGCAUCUCUUAUGCGAGGAAGAGCAGCACCGGACAGAUUAAAACACCAGCUUGAUUCUGAUCGGUCUACCAGCUCCAGCUCCGCAAUCCCUUCUUCUACGAAUGAUUCUUUAAUAACUCAAGUAUAUCCCCGGUAAAGGUUCUCAUCAAAAUCAGUAAAUUCAAUCCCUUUAUAUGCUACAAGCAUCAACUUUAAUUUCGUAUGUUAUGAAAUGAAUAAUGGGAUGACCCAAUGAUAAGGUUAUUUGCCAUUGGAAAAUGACAAUGCAAAUUCGGAAACCACAGGGAAAACGUACGUGGCACAUGAAAUCCUACUUUUAAUUAAGUGAAUCUAUCUUUUAAUAAUGCAUGCGUAUUAAAUUAAACUAAUGUUUCUUAACACUGUAAACCCUCCCGUGAGAGGCAGCUCUUUGCUUGGAAAGACUUGGGAAGAAAUGUACUAUAAUUAUAAUUUUGGU